CUUACGCUGAUUUUCCUGGUUAGGCGCUGAUUGAAUUGUGGUGUUGACAGUUCGAGCAGUUGCAUGCAUGGAGAUUAAUCCGAUGAGGCGAUGUCGAUGAGGGUUUGUGAUCGAAAUUUCGAUGCCAAGGUUUCUCUGUGAAUGACAGGUGCAAUUUAAGCGUGUGGAGAUAUUUAAGAAAGAAGGCGAGUCGAGAGCAAUGGGAAAUGAUGUGGAACGCUGCUGCGACGGCGAUCAGACUCCGCCUAUUAUCAUGAAACCCCUGAAUGUCUAUGCUGAUGAUACGGCAUGCUCCCCCACCUACAGCGUCGUUGCAGCGGAUCCUACCCCGCUGCCGCGACGGCAGCUAUACUUCAUUUGGCUUAUUCAUGCGAGUCAAGGAUUUCAAACCACAAUGCUGUUUCCCAUGUUGGUAUUUAUGGUGGAGAAAUAUGGGGACACGGGUGUCGAUGAGAGGGCCAUAGGUUGGCGUGCCGGAAUUUUAGCAUCGCUGUUUCCCAUGGCACAAUUUUGCACUUCCAUGAUGUGGGGCGUCAUUUCUGAUAAGACGGGCAGGAAGCCGUGGCUGGCCUUUGGAUGCUCCGUCAGUGCGGUGUCGGCUCUUCUCUUGGGUGUUUGUACGACGUACAAAGGUGCCUGCUAUCUUCGAUUUUUUGGUGGACUGCUCAAUGGAACUCUUACAAUAACGAAAUCAGCGCUUGCCGAUCUUUGCGACGGAACAAACCAAGCGAAAGGAUUUGGAAUUUUGAACCUUGCUUGGGGCAUUGGUUCGGUCACCGGACCUGUCAUCUCAGGACUCUUGGCGCAGCCCUGUGUGCAGUACAGGAUGAAACACUGUCUUCCGAUUCUGGAGGUUCACCCAUUUCUGCUUCCUUGCGUUGGUGCUGCUGUUUUCUCCAUAACCGGUGUUAUCGCAUCAUUAUCUUUCAAAGAGACCAACCCCAAGCAGUACCGGCCAAUGAACAGCCUUUUCACCCAGGCAUCCUACAACAAAAUCUCCGAUCUAGCCCACGCAGAGGAUCAGCAGAGGCAGUCACAAGAAGGUGAAAGUGCACAUGAGGAAAGCAAAGGAGGGGUACUGGCAAAUAAAAGCUGCAAACAGAAGCUCAUCGUUGUCAUAUCUACCGAUGAACUCUCCUCACUAAAGCGAAUGACAGAAUCGAAGGCGUGCCGAAGUGAAGAAUGUGGGAGUAGUACUCGCAAGAAGGAGCAUGGCCAGCAUACUUGGUUUUCAUGGAUUGACCGGAACGUGUUACUAGCAUCUCUCUGCUACGCCAUGACAGGCCUGGUCUUCAUUAUCACUGAUGAGCUGUUUCCAAUGUUUGGAGCAGCAUCAAAGUCAGUUGGUGGUCUCAACUUCUCCUCAUCAGCGUUGGGCCUAAUUCUGGGAGAGGGGGGAGUGGUGCUUUGCCUCUACACUCUCCUCCUUUACCCGAAAGUCUCCCGCCGUUUAGGCCCUCUUAAGUGCUUUCGAUUGGGGAUCCUCUCCACUAUUCCCAUCUGGAUUUGUUUUCCAAUGAGUUCGUUGUUGAAUAAUGCCCCGUUCCUCCAAUGGUGCCUUUUAUUGUUCUGCACGGCAGCCCGGAGCAUAUCUGCUUGCACCGCUUUCACAGGCUCCCUGAUCCUGGUCAGCAACUCAGCGACACCAGAGAACAUGGGUGCUGUGACAGGUUUGAGCCACAGUUUCUGCAGCUUCUUCCGAGCUAAUGGACCUGCGAUUGGUGGCCUUGUGUGGUCGUAUUCAUCGGGGAAAACUUUUUUUUUGCACCAGUUCCUAGCAUGGAAUUUUGUGGUGAUGUUGUCCGCAUUGACAUACGGCUUGUCAUUUUACCUUCCAUCCACACUGAUAAAGCCCAAGUGUGAGCCCUUCAGGGUCGACGAGAACAUGUAACAUCCUCGUUUGCUUAGUUUUAUUGACACAGUUUUCAACUAGUCCUCGUUCUACUGUUGUAAUUCCAUGCAUUUUAACAGGAUCGCUCUUUCUCAUGGUCGAGUCUGCAUGUGCACCUUCCAAAAACUGAUUCAAACAGUGGGAGUGCUUGAUCAUGAAACAUGAAAAUCCUAAAAGUGCAUACCAGGUUCCAAAUCAUUAACGGAUUACACUAAUUGAUCUUUGCAGUUCCCUGCACUGAUUAGGUAGAUCACAAGCUCCAUUCUAGUGCCUUACACCGAGAGGAACAAUUGUUUACUUCAGAAGUGGAAUGCAAAACGUUGAGUAAUUACAAGCUUU